GUAGUUAUAUUCUCUCAUUCAGCAGGCGAGAGAGACAGAGAGGAGGAGGAGAGGAAGAAUGAAUAGUCAUCCCUUUGAACAUUAAAACUGCGUAGUUUACAUAGUUUCCCUUAGUGCUGUUCAAUUCCUCAAACUUUUGAUUCAUCAUUUGAUUUCAUUCUCCAGAAAAAACAGCUUUUCUACGGAAUGGCGAUUUCUAUCACAGCAGCUUUGAGCCUGCUGCUGGCUUUGACAAGUAUACAACUCAAUGAUCUAACGGAAGCAUGCACUUGCAUGCCAAACCAUCCCCAGGACGCUUACUGCAACUCUGACAUAGUGAUCCGGGCAAAAGUGGUUGGGAAGAAACUGCUGAAGGAUGGACCUUUUGGUACAAUGCGCUACACCAUUAAACAGAUGAAGAUGUACCGUGGUUUCAACAAAACGCACCAUGUUCAGUAUAUCUAUACGGAAGCUGCAGAGAGUCUGUGUGGUGUCCGGCUUCAGGUGAACAAGUUCCAGUAUCUCAUCACAGGAAGAGUUUAUGAUGGGAAAGUCUACACUGGAGUGUGUAAUUUCAUUGUGCCAUGGGAGAGAUUGACCCUGUCACAACGUAAGGGUCUUAAUCAUCGUUACCAGCACGGUUGUAAUUGUAAGAUCAAACCUUGUUAUUACCUGCCAUGUUUUGUGACAGCAAAGAAUGAGUGCCUGUGGACCGAUAUGUUGUCUGACCAGGGAUACAUGGGUCACCAAGCUAAGCACUAUGUAUGCAUCCGGCAAAAGGAAGGUUACUGCAGUUGGUACAGAGGUGCGGCACCCCCAGACAAAACCAGGAUCAACGCCACAGACCCAUGAAAGGGAAUGUCCUCUGUAAACAUGCUGGCUAGCAAGGACGGCCAUCUUGUGUGACACAGCCAUGAUGUAAUGCCUGUCUAUUCCCAGCAUUAGCACAUCAAACACAGGCUUCUAGGCCAUUUUCCUGUUUUCUCAGAAUUAUUCUUAGUUUGUCCAAUGCAUGGGCCAUUUGUCUCCAUACCAAUCAAUCUUGCUUCAGACAUGCUCUUUGCAGCAAAAAAAAAUCAAUGAGCUUUCGGUAUAUUUUACUAUCAGUGUCCUGUGCCAUAUGCAAAUGCUACUGCCCUUUAUAAAUGUGGCGUACAGGCGGCUCAAAGGUUUCAGGCAAAGCUAAUUUUUUUUCAUUUUUUAAAAUUUUUUUUCUAUAGAGAUGUUCAAAUUCCAACACUAUUUGGUGUUAAAGAGAUCACUUAUUUGGCAUUAGAAUGCCUUUUUAAAAUACAUAACAGAAAUUAAAAUACAUAACCAAACACUGCUGUGAGGGAAAUAAAACCCUAUAAUCUGCCUGGUGUAUGUCUGAAAGGCGAUUUUCUCUAUAUGCUUGAAAUUAUUUCAGUUUUAGAAAAAUUGCACUACACCCCUGUUCAUGACCUGGAGAGUCAGUCUCAACAUCACUAAGCCCGUUAGAGAGAGACCGACUUGCUGCAUUUACAUAACUGACAAUAGCUCCACUGUAUAAACAGCAGAAAGCCACCUCCAGAUUUUUGUUUUCUCUACUGCCAGUGGGAUAAAGGAACAUCAAUAUUGUCAUUGCCUUACUUACGCUGUGGCGAGCAGGCAGAAGGAGGAGAUCUGCUCUCCUACCAGUGGAUCUAAGUACCUUUUAGUGAAAAGCUGAGGUGCCAUGCAAUAAAAGGUACUAGUUUCCUAACUGUUUUGAAGAAAAGGGUGCAGUUGUAGAAUCCCGAAACUCAAACUAUUGGCUAAAAUUUCAAUCCUAUAUAAUAAAAUUGUAUAAGACUUUAUAACUGCAUUCUCUUCUCACAUUCCACUUUAUACUGGGUAGAAUUUCAGUGGAAAAUCUUUGAAGGCCUACCACUGUUUCUCCAUCCAAUUUCUGAUGCCCAUCACCCAGACCACCAGUGCCACCUCCUCUUUUCUCCUUGAUGCAUUCAAUUGCCAACAGGAGAGUGGGGUCCAAUGUCCCAAAGAAUUUCCUAUCUUUCCACAGAACAUUUCUCAGGUCAUCAUGUUGUAGAAUGCAGCGUAUACCCACCAAGAGAGCAAAUAAAAUUGACAACCAACCUGCAUUGAAAUAAAAUCUUUAAUGAAACAUUCCCUAACUACUUCAGCAGCAGAAGAAACAAAAUAAGGGCUAUGAUAAGUGCAACUUUUAAAACUUACUGGAGCUGUUACAUAAUGACAAAGCCCCUAUGCUCACAAAGAACGUUUUGUGCCUGAGACAAAAAGGGUCAUUUUUUUCUCAUCUGUUGAACAUUUCUACUGAACUAUUUGUACCACCAGUUAGAAAGUACAGCAGUACCACCUGAUGUGAGUAAACUAGGAUGCUAUAACUGUUUUGUGUUGGACAAUAUAAAUAACUGUCAUCUGGCUUUGCAGAACCCACCCCACCCCUCCCCCACACACCACCACUUUACCACUGAUUAUUAAAUCCCAGACUGCUUCUUAUAUUUUACAUUGGUGGCAACAUCAAUCAAUGGACAUUCUGAAAGAAAUCAUCUAUAAAUUUGGAGCAUGAAUAAAACAUGUACCUAUAUAUAACUCUUUGCAAAAAUGUAUUGAUUACUGACAUAAGCUAUAUUUUAUACAGUACACUUCUGUAUGAGUGGGCAUUUCAUUCCUAUGAAUAUAUAUAAUUGCAUUGAAAAAGUAUUGUCAUAUGUGGAUAAUGUGCUUUUCAAAGCUGGACAAGUAAGAGACAGAAUGUUGGUGGGGAACAAGGUAAUUAAAAGUUCUUUUUAAAUGUUGUUUCAUUUGAUGUACCUUUGUAAAAUUAGUUGAUUUCCCUGAGUUUGCCUGGUUUGUGUAAAUAUACGUGCAUGUGUCUACCUACACUUUAGAUAGAGUGGGUUGUCUGUGUGUGUGUUUGUGUGUAUCUGUGAGUCAAUUAAUCUAUCUGCCCAAUAACAGCAUGAUUUAAUGGCUGAAGGAACUUCGAAAGAGCGAGAAACCAAUUAAAUGAAAUAAACCUUUCUUGGAGGAAUGGACUUAUCACAAAAAUUACAUGGUUUGCAGAUUUUUGUGCAGUAUUUGUGCAUUUUAUAUUUCAUGAAUGUAAGUUCUUUAAAAAAACUUUCCAACGUCACUUUUACAGUGUCCUCCAAACAGUAAAAAUACUAUUAUUUCUAUCACAAUAA